GAGUGGAUCUGUCCAGGUGCUGAAACCUUUCUUCCGUCUUUGGGGCACUUUGCCGACUGGCGUAAAUGACGGAAAAGUGCUUCGGGAGUUUCGGAAGAUGGACUUACAGGGCCCGCAGGAGGCGGUGAAAGUGGAAAUCCAGUGUCAUCAGGAUGGUGAGCGUAAGAAACAGCAACACGAAAGGCAAACAAGAGUAACAGCCCUAAGUGAGAAACAAAAGCUGGCUGUGAGAGGGUGUCCUGUGGGGAACGCCAAGCCCCUCUCCCUCAUCAAGCCACCGAGCCAGAGCAUAGCCAUCUCUGUGGUACCGGUGAAGCCUCCCGUCUCCAUGGUGACCGCACGCAUCAACGGACAAAAGGCGCCAAGCUCUGAGCCACCGCAGACGACUCCAGUCAGUCUCCCGGCAGCGGGCAAGGCAGCCGGCAGCAGUUCCACAGGCAGAAGAAUCACGGAGCUGCCUCGCUCGCAGAUGCUGGGAACCCUCACCGCCGUGCCCAUCAAGGUCCCUCAGGUCAGCUCCCUGCAUCGGCUGGCGGGACAGGCAUCCAACACGCUACCUCAGGUUAGGCCAAAGACCAUGAUCCCCGACAGUCUCCCCCAGAGCCCCUGCCAGGAGCAGCAGUCCAGUCAGCCACCCAGCCUGCAGAGGGCCACCACUGUGGUGAGUCCCAAAAGCCGAGGGCCCGGCCCAGCCCUGCCCAGUGCCAACAGCACCCUGAGCCCCGUGCAGCUGCCCAACGGGCAGGCCUCGCCCUCCCCGCCCACGCCUGGAGCUGGCGUGGCCUACGCCAUCAUCUCCGCCUCACCCAGCGGCACCUGUGGCUCCUCCGUGUCCACGGUCACCGAGGCUGUGAAGGUCCAGCCACUGCUCUUCAGUUCCGAUAGUAAGGUGAUAGUAAUCCAGCCCCAGGCCCCAAGCGUGUCCCAGAACUCGCCGGGCCCACAGGCGGGCAGCCCGACCCAGGAUUCCCCAUCCACACCCUCGUCCUCGCUCUCAUCCACGUCUCCGCCGGCCCCAUCUGCUCCCGCUAAAAAGAAGAGCGAGGAGCACCCUGAGAAAACAGCCUUUAUGGUGGCGUUGGGCUUAGUCACGACAGAGCACUUGGAAGAGAUCCAGAGCAGGAGGCAGGAGAGGAAGAGGAGAAGCACAGCCAACCCAGCCUACAGUAGCCUGUUUGAGCCAGAGCGUAAACGCCAUGGGUCCAGUUAUAUGAACAGCCCCCUCUUCCUGUCUGCUGGAGACACAGAGGAUCUGAUCUGGAAGGAGGGAUGGGUGCGUGACGAGCACUGCACCGUGUGCAAGGAGAAUGGCGAGCUGCAGCCCUGUCACAGCUGCCCCCGCUCCUACCACCCCGACUGUCUGCAGCCACCCCUGAAGACCCCCCCCAAAGGGUUUUGGGUGUGCCCCAAGUGUCAGAAGAAGGUACUAAACAAAGAUAACAUACCAUGGCCACAGAACUUUGUCCAAUCUUAUAUAAUGCACAAAACAGCAAGGGAAGAGGAGAAAAGGAAGCUGAUACGGAGGAACAGCGAGCUGAAGAGGGAGUGUGCAUUCCUGGAGGAACGGGACCAGCAGCUCAGCCAGUCUCUCAUGAAAUGCAUGGAUCGCAAGAGCAGCUUGUUGGACCAGCAGAAGGAGACCCAGGCCUCCUUGGAUCGCCUGAAGUCUUUGAUCCGACUCAUCCAGAGAGACCAGAUGAUCCAGCUCACUAUGACAGCCACCACCACCACAGAAGCACCGCUGCUGUCACUGCCCUGGAUUAAACCGUCCAGCACAGCUACAGCACCCCCUAGUGGGCCCAGUGUGCUGCAUCAGAAGAGUGUGUCCCAGAGUCAGGCCAACGACUGAGCUGCCAUAUGCCUGCUAACCAUAUCUUAGCCGCUCACCUGCUCUUCAACCCCAGUUACGACUUGCCAAGUUUGCUGGCAACACAUUGGUAAUUGUCCAGUAUUAAACUUUUGCUUUUAAGCGCUCGAGACGCCAUCAAGUCCCCUUCAUCAACGAAGGAAAACAUUCAGCGAACAGUGUUUUUUUGGAGAGAGCACCGUGGCAAAGUGAUAUCCCACACAUGGUUAGCCAUGAGUAUUUUUUUAAACCCAACGCCUUCAGUGCUUCGGAGAUUUUUUUAACUUAUUGUUUUUAUUUAUUACUGUUCUUGGCCUUAAUGUAUUUACAGAUAUAAAAUGGAUGAAACGAUGCCUGUCACAGAUAUAUGAUAUGAAACACUCUGUGCAGCCAAAACGUUUUGUAAACAGUAAUAAUUAUUCUGAACAUGGGGGGGCGCGACGUCACUAGAAACUUGUAGUAGUUACCAAUAAGCAAUGACAACAUACAGCGGAUCGACUGUACGUCCGUGUGUCUUAGUAGAUACUUGUUCCCAUUUUGUGCUGAAUGACCAGUCGCUAUAUUAAUUCAGGUGGAAGAGGGACAAGAACAUUUUUCAUGUGUAUGUACGAAUUUAAGAGCCUUCAAACAAAGUAGAGAAUUAACUUCAGUAUUAACAGGUCUGAGAUCUUGAGAUCAAUAUGUGGGAAGUCUACAGAAUUUAGCAUUUCUAUGGGGGGGGAAAUCAGAAUAUUUUCAAAGUUCUUGAUAUCACGUAGGGGGUGUCCGAGGGCGUGUUUUGUACAGAGGUCGAGCACCUUCACAAGUCCCCCCCCCCCCAUUUUUAUUUAUUUGUCUAUUUGAGUUUUUGAUGUUCGGAAAUGGCUUGGCCUCCUCAGGCCGUUCUGAUUCUCCGAGCAUCUUUGAAAGACGAUGCUUUACUUGCCAUUCAUGUCUAUGUCCGCCAUGUGAUUUCACCAUCAUUCCAUCAGUGUCUCUGUUAUGUUGACCAGUAUGGAAAAUAUGCCAAAAAACCUAGUUUUUAUACUGGGAAUUCCUUUUCUAGACCUUAUUUUUCUCUUCAUUUUUUUCCCCCGCCUGUUUUCCCUUCAGUGCUAAGCUUAUUUUUCUUGUGGCAUUUUGUACAACUUGACAUUUUACUGCUGACAUUUGAUGGUACAAAUUAAUGCUCGCCUGCAGAUGAAGUGAGAUACCUUUCCAGGAAAUCUCCCAUAUCUUUUUUUUUUUUUGUUGUUGUUCCUUUACACUCGUCCAUGGAGACAUUCUGGAAUUUACAAUCAGAAGAGGACAAUUUUUGGAUGCUUAUCAACUUUUAUGGUCUUGAUGCGUGUUUGGGAGGCCAGAAGGGAAGCCCACAGCCUUGCAGUGGAUGCAUUUGGGUCUGAUAGCCUUUGUCGUUACCUUGCUAGGAUGGGAAAUUUCUGACAGCAGAGCUGCUCAACCUUUAUUUAGUAAUGUUGAUUUUUAAAAAAAUAUUUUCAUGAAAAAAAAAAACCAACAUUUUUAAAAAUGUCCAAGAUUCCUCACAAAUAAUCCCAGGAAUCUAUAAGCGAUUACGAAAAUAACAGAUAUCAACCCCAAAAGGAGAAGAGCCAGUUUUGUUAAAAAGUUCUUUGUCUGAACUUCAACGAAAGCAUAUCAGUUAGAUAACGUCCAUCCGCAGCUCACAGCUCAUUUGUGUUCCUUUAUUUCGGAUCCACGCCCAGCAAAUCAUCCACGUCUCAGAUGCGCUGUAUGUUCGGAACAGUGGCUGAUGGGUAGCACUGAAUUCGCCACCGGAGUUCGCAGCCGCUGCCCCAUUACUGCCUUCGUCUGAGACAGACAUUGCACCAGGAAGCGCGUGUCACCAUCUGCUGAAGUCAGCUGCUUGCCAGUAUUUUCCAGAAACUCUCCCAUUCCCAUUUAUUAUCAAGGACUGUCUUUCCAAAACUGUAAUUUGUACAAAAAAUAUGGAUGCCUCCCAAUUUUGGAGUGUUCGGCAAUGGGAGCUUUUAACACGUUGGCACUGGUGUUCGAUUCUGAGGAAACGUCUGCACAGUGACCUGAAGCGUAGACUCGUCUGGAGAGAGGUAGUUGGGCGAAGGGUUACUGAAUACAAAAAAGGAAGAAAUGAAACUCCUCGGUCUUCCAGGGAAGGCAGCAAAUUACACAUCAAAUCUUCUGCUUCUGUUUAUUUCUCGUUUGAUUUAUUAAACUGAUGAUGAUAAAUGAGCUUACCGAAUAAUGACAACGACGGCUUAACCUCAGUUACUCUUCUGAAUAAGCCGAACAGAGUCAGUAGGCAUUGUACGUUUUUUGUCAGAUACGCAUUUGGUCGAUGAGCCCUGUCUCUGUUUAAGUGCCACAGGACAGGGCAGAAUCCCCAGAGUCACUCGCGCAGACAGGAAGUUGAUGUUAAUGCACCCCCUGGGGGGGGGGGGGGGGGGUUCCCACAUGUGUAGAGUGAGCUGGAGGAAAUCCCCCAGGGGGCAGGCAGAGUCAGCACUCCCAUCUGACAGUGGAGGGGGUAUCAAGCAGGUUCUAGAAAUAGGGCCGUUGUAGGAAUAAGACAAGGUGAGGAGUUGGGCCCAUCAGCGAGCUGGGGGGUCGCAAACAGUGACACAGAGAAUCGGGUCUAUGUUCUAUGUUGCCGUGGGAACGUACCUUUCCUCAUCAGCCAAGUCCUAGCUAGGUCUCAGCCCCCCUCCCGCCUUCAGAACUCUCCGGAAGAAACUGUGCACUAUACAGUUCUAUUUUAAUACAUUUGACGCUAUGUCGAACAAACUUUUUUUUGUAUUCUUUUAUUGAUGAACAAAGAAAAGAAGGAGUUUACAGAGGCUAUCGUUUGCCAAUUAUGCAUUCUAACGUGGCUUACAGCAUGCAGUGCAUUUCCUUUGUCAUGUGGAGGCAGCAAAGAGCGAUAGGGCGCCGAGGAUUCAGAAUGGGAGCGUUUGAAGUAGUGUUUUCCUUUGUAACUAACGAGGGACUGUCCAGUGGAUCAUGUGUAAUAGGAACGUGUUUGUCUUUUACAUAUGACAAUGUAGUUUUUUGUCUUCAUCAUGCAUUAAAAGUUGAUCGAUGGACGUUG